GGAUUCGAAUCGAACGUCCGUGUGGGAGCCGGCGGCUGGCUGGGCUGCGCGUGGGCCAAUCAGCGGCGUCGGCUCACGGCCCCCGAACGUUGGGCCUGGCGGCCCCGCCCCGCGCUGUUGUUUGCGGCGUCGGCGCGGCCGCGCGAGCCGAACCACAACAUUCGCCGGGCGGCGGCGGAGCUGCGAGCGUGAGCCCGGGGCGGCCGCCCAGCGCCAUGUCGGUGAACACGGACGAGCUGCGGCACCAGGUCAUGAUCAACCAGUUCGUGCUGGCCGCGGGCUGCGCGGCCGAUCAGGCGCAGCAGCUGCUGCAAGCGGCGCACUGGCAGUUCGAGACCGCCCUAAGCACGUUCUUUCAAGAAAGCAACAUUCCCAACAGCCACCACCACCCGCAGAUGAUGUGUACCCCCAGCAACACCCCUGCUACACCACCCAACUUCCCUGAUGCAUUGGCCAUGUUCUCCAAGCUUCGAACCUCUGAGGGCCUGCAGAGCAGCAGCAGCAGCCCCAUGGCAGCCGUGGCCUGUUCCCCCCCUGCAAACUUCAGCCCCUUCUGGGCCGCAUCCCCACCCAAUCACCAGGUGCCCUGGAUCCCGCCCUCUUCCCCCAACACCUUCCAUCUCCACUGCCCACAGCCCACGUGGCCCCCCGGAGCAUCGCAGGGGGGCGCCCCUCAGAAAGCCAUGGCAGCCAUGGAUGGCCAGAGAUGAGACUGGACGCCACUGGGCUGGAGCAGGGGGCAGUCCAGGGUUGUGGGGACACAGAUGAGGGCUGGGAGGGGGGGAACGCAAGAGGGCGGGGGGUUUCUUCACGAUCGCACUGGAAGAUUUUAUAAGAGUUUUGGGGGGGGGGGGACAGUAAACGUCCUGAGCCACUUGGGUUCUUCAGGAGUUUCUCUUAGGGAAAGUUUUUUUUUCCUCUUUUUAAUAUAUAACUAUAAUAUAUAUGAAUAUAAAUUUAGCUAAUGUUUGUGAGAGUGGGGCCUGCACACGUGUUCCUGUCAGAGGCAAGGCUCACAUUCCUUGCCAGCACCUCUUUCUCUGCCCAAUUGAGGGGAACAAAAGGGUGUUCACAGAUGGAGCGAGCUUGCAGCCGCGUGGCUGUGCUGCUCUGUGAGAAGGCGUGCCAGCCAUUAGGAAGCCCCACCGCCAAAGGAGGUGCACCCAGGAGGGUCCUCAGAAUCAUGGACUUCUACCCCAUUGCUGGUAGACAAUUUUCAUCUCUGCUGGUGGUGGCCUCUUGUUGACUCUGAAACUUGUCACCUUGUCACCAGCUAGAUGUCAAGACUUGGCUGCCCUCUGAUGUGGGUGCUUCUGCCCCUUCCCUGUUCUAACUGUCCGACAGGCUCCCAGUCUCUGUGUGUCCAGGCCAGAGGACCAGCACUCAGGAGAGUCUGCCUUUGGAUUGAGUUCCCAAAUUAGAGUCAUCGCACCAGGGUGCAAUUUUAAUUUAAAAACUUAAAAGACUUUUCUAACUUCCCUA